AUGCGUUUGGACGUCAAGAGGCAGCUCUUUGCUCGCUCGGAGCGAGUGAAGGGCAUUGAUUUCCACAGUACUGAACCAUGGAUCCUCACCACUUUGUACAAUGGACAUGCCCACAUCUGGUCUUACGAAACGCAAUCCAUUAUCAAAACUUUCGAGCUCACCGAUGUUCCUGUAAGAGCCGGAAGAUUUAUUGAGAGGAAGAAUUGGAUAGUUUGUGGCAGUGAUGACUUCCAAUUGAGAGUGGUGAACUGGAAUACAAGCGAAAAGGUCAAAUCAUUCGAGGCGCAUCCAGAUUAUAUCCGUGCAAUUGUCGUGCAUCCGGUUCUCAGUGUCGUCCUUACUGCCUCAGAUGACAUGACAAUCCGAAUGUUUGAUUGGGAAAAAGAUUGGCGAUGUGUGCGGGAGUUUGUGGGUCAUCAACACUAUGUCAUGGGACUUUCCAUCAACCCCAAGGACACCAACGUGUUUGCGUCGGCAUGUUUGGAUCGAACCAUCAAAGUCUGGAGCAUCGACAAUGCCACGGCCAAACAGACAAUUGAGGCUCACGAGAAAGGCGUCAAUCACGUUGACUACUACCCACACAACGACAAACCAUAUUUACUGAGCACAUCCGAUGAUAAGACCGUGAAGGUCUGGGAUUACACCACCAAAGCUCUAAUUGCGACGUUAGAGGGACAUACCAGCAAUGUCAGCUUUGCCUGCUAUCACCCUGAAUUACCGGUCAUAAUAUCUGGCUCCGAAGACGGCACCAUCAAAAUAUGGCAUGCCAAUACCUAUCGACUCGAACAGUCGCUGAGCUACGGCUUGGAGAGGGCUUGGUGUGUUUCCUAUCAGAGAGGCAAACAAGGUGUUGCCAUGGGGUUUGAUGAUGGCGCCGUUGUGGUAAAAAUGGGAAGAGAAGAACCGGCCGUUUCUAUGGACGGUACGGGUAAAUUGGUGUGGGCACGCCAUAAUGAAGUGGUAUCUGCAAUCGUGAAGGGUGGAGAUGCUACCGUCAAGGAUGGCGCGCCUAUUGCGCUUCCUAGUAAAGAAAUGGGAACAACAGAAAUCUAUCCGACAGCCUUGUCUCAUUCGCCAAAUGGUAGAUUCGUCAGCGUCUGCGGAGAUGGCGAAUUCAUAAUCUACACCGCGCUCGCAUGGAGAAAUCAAGCGUUCGGUUCAGCACUUGAUUUCGCAUGGGCAUCGCACCAAAAUCCUACCGACUACGCCAUCCGAGAAUCUAGCACCAGCGUCAAACUUUUCAAGAAGCUCAAAGAGAGUGGAAGUCUAGAUGUUGGCUUCCAGGCCGAGGGUCUCUGUGGUGGUGUAUUGCUUGGGGUCAAGGGACAAGGAGGUAUUGGCAUGUUCGAUUGGGAGACUGGCAAUCUUGUCCGCCGAAUCGAGGUCGAACCCAGAGAAGUCUAUUGGAGUGAAUCGGGAGAACUUGUCGCUCUUGCUUGUGCUGACACAGCCUACGUUCUUCGCUUUGACCGAGAGGCAUAUCUUGAUGGCCUCAAUUCUGGCCAAGCAGACGAAGAUGGUGUCGAAGCUGCAUUUUCGGUCGUGACGGAUCUCCAAGAAUGCGUGAAGAGUGGUGAAUGGGUCGGCGAUGCGUUCCUCUUUACUACGAGUACCCGCCUCAGCUAUUUACUCGGUGAGCAAGUCGUGCAUAUCGCACAAUUCGAUCAGCCCAUGUAUCUCCUUCGGUAUCUCCAAAGAGACGAGCGGGUCUACCUCUGCGACAAAGAUGUCGGCGUUGUGAGCUACCGACUCUCCACGGCGCUGCUCUCAUAUCAAACCCUCGUCUUGCGAAACGAGCUUGAGGCUGCACAAGAACUCCUGGCUGAAAUCCCAGCGGACCAAAUGAACAAGAUUGCUCGAUUCCUCGAAGCACAAGGCCACAAAGAGCUUGCUCUCGAGGUGGCGACGGAUCCAGAACACCGGUUCGAGCUGUCUCUGGGCCUGAAUAACCUUGCUGUGGCCCUUGAGAUUGCGCGCGAAUCAGACAUGCAGGCCAAAUGGUCCGCAGUGGCAGACAAGGCUCUCGAAGCUUGGGACGUGAAACUUGCAGAAGAAUGUUUCCUCAACGCUAAAGACUUGGGCAGCUUGCUCCUUCUAUACACCAGUUCCGGCAACAAAGGAGGACUAACUAAACUCGCCGAACAAGCUGAGCAGAUGGGCAGCAACAACGUCGCAUUCGCCAGUUUGUGGUCGACAGGAGACAUCUCCGCUGCAAUCGAGCUGCUCAAACGCACAGGCCGUCUCAGUGAAGCAGUCCUGUUCAGCCAGACAUACAAGCCGUCGAAGGUGCAAGAAUUGGUUGUGGAGUGGAAAGAGAGCCUCGAGAAACAGGGUAAAGGGAAAGUCAGUCGCUUGCUCGGCGUGCCCGGUCAGGAUGAAGAACUGUUCCCUGAGUGGGAUGAGUAUAUCAAGCUUGAGGCCGAAGGUGGUGCGGCAAAAACUAGUCUCAUCGACGUCAAUGGAGAGGCGAAGCCCGAGACGAACGGAACGGCGAAUUGUGACGUUGAGCAAGAAGAGGCCGAAACUUGA